AUGCUGGUGUUUGAUGAGGUUGAGCAUUUAGAUUGGAUUGCUGUGGUCAGCGAAUCGCCUUAUUAUUGGAGGCGUAGAUGUGUCCCUAAAGAUUACAAGGCCCUCUUUGGUCGAGAAAAGUUUCUUUACUUAGAAACAGAACAUUACAAGAAGUCGAAAGUCGGUUCUCUUUCAGUUGCUGCUCUAUCGUUUCUCUAUCUCCUUUAUCUUUUCCAUGAACACGACAGGUAA